UGACCAACCAACACACAACACACACUACUAUCCAUUGGACCACUACACACUACACAGUACAGUACAAACAAAACAAACAUGGCGUGUCAAAUGGGAUCGACUGUGGUCACAAAUGUCUUUCAACGAUGCAAUCCAUUGGUAAAAUGUCUACAGUAUUCUCGAGCAGCAUCCUCAUCUGGCAUGAACACAAGAACUUAUGAGGCUGCCUUGUCUGGGAUUCGUGUUUUAGAUUUAACAAGGAUAUUAGCCGGUCCUUAUUGCACUAUGCUUCUUGGUGACCUUGGAGCAGAAGUGAUAAAAAUUGAAAGACCAGGAGCAGGAGAUGACACGAGAACAUGGGGUCCCCCUUUCAUUGGCUCCGAGAGCUGCUACUAUCUGUGUGUGAAUAGAAACAAAAAGAGUGUCACCGUGAACUUGAAAAAACCAGAGGGAAUCAAGAUUAUAAAAAAGCUAGCUUCAGUGAGUGACGUCUUGGUGGAAAACUAUAUUCCAGGAAAGCUGUCAGAGAUGGGUCUCGGCUACCCUGAGCUGAGUGCUGAAUUCCCUCAUCUCAUCUACUGCUCUAUUACAGGUUAUGGUCAGACAGGCGGUUAUGCUUCUCGUGCUGGCUAUGACGUUAUAGCUUCUGGGAUGGGAGGAUUGAUGCACAUCACUGGCCCACCUGAUGGUGAGCCGUGCAAAGUAGGUGUGGCCAUCACAGACUUGUCCACUGGUUUGUAUGCUGUGAAUGCAAUCAUGGCUUCGAUUUUUGUCCGUCAAAGAACUGGGAAGGGUCAACAUAUAGACUGCAACUUGCUUUCUACUAAUGUGGCCUCUCUUGUGAACAUUGCCUCCAACUAUCUCAAUGCGGGGGAGGAGGGAAGCAGAUUUGGAACAGCACAUACCAGCAUUGUGCCGUACCAGGCUUUCAAGACCAAAGAUGGCUAUGUGAUCAUUGGGGCAGGCAAUGAUUUGCAGUUUGGGCUUUUAACUAAGCUGAUGGGUUGUCCUGAUGUUAGUAAAGAUGAAAGAUACCUGACCAACAAAUUCAGAGUUAAGAACAGAGUUUCUCUAUUAGCUUUCUUAGACAAAAUUUUUGAGACAAAGUCGACUUCGGAGUGGUUAGAUGUUCUAGAAGGUUCAGGCAUUCCUUAUGGCCCAAUCAACAACAUGAAGGAUGUGUUCAGCAACUCUCAGGUGCAACACAAUGGCAUGAUCCAAGAAAUCCCUCACCCGUCCCUGGGCACAGUCCGAGUCCCUGGUCCAGCGGUCCGGUACAGCGAGGUCCCAACCGUCCAGCCCACACCACCACCAUUGCUUGGGGAGCACACAGGGGAUGUGCUCGCCUCGCUUCUGGGCUACUCGCCAACGCGUGUACAACAGCUGCGAGAGGCCAAAGUUCUCAGUUGACUACAGAUUUUCUGUCUGUUUGAUGAGUUGCGUAUGAAACUUUAAAGCGGUUGUUGGGAUUAUUGCUACUUUGUCCUAAACCUAGUGGAAUGGUAGUUUGUUUUCUUGUCUUUGUAAGUGUGCUUUUAUCUGUAGGCCUGCUGAAGUUGAAAGCUGUUGUAUUGUUGAAAUUUUGUGUUCCAUCUAUGUAGUCAGAAGGUUAUUUACCAAAGACAGAUACAAAAGACAGUUGCUUUUAUAAAGGACCAGUGGGUUGCUUGUACAACAGUGCAAAAAGUAUGAAACAAAGUAUGUGACAUAAGCUCUGUGGACCACUCAGCUUUGUUUUUGGUCUCCCAGUUGGGGAUGUAUCCUCUAGAUGGUACAUGGUCAAGUCUGUCUCUAAGUUGAGAGUUAAAGCAAUUGUGUAUGUAUAUCAGGGUUUUCUACUUAAGCUUGUAUCAUAUUUUUAAACAGAAAAUCCCUUUUUAACCCAAAUUAACAUGCAUGUAUGAUAAAAUGUCUUUUGUUCUUGUUUUGUAGCCAGAUUUUUGGAUAGUCAGAUGGUCUGCUCAGUUCACCAGAUUGUGUUCGUUUCAUUGAGAUAAAGCAUAGUGCCUAGUGUGGCGCAAGCAACCAUUUGCAUGAAAUGUUCGACAUUUUAAAAUCCUAAAAGUAUGAUUUUUCAUAAAUGUGUACUGUGGAGUCAGCUUAUAGUUUUAAUGGAGAAAACAAGCUGAGACCAAAUAUUUUGUUCUCUUUGCGCAUCCUCACCCUAGAGUCCUUAGGGGAUAGGCCUACAGUUUGCUACUGCAUAUUUCCCCUACCCCUCGUAGGCUGUGUGGUUGUAACAUCGCAGGUAUUUCAAAGUUGCCAUCUUCAACCCUCCCCCCCCCCCCCCCCCCCCACCCCACCCUUCAGGACCAGCUAUGCAUGGCCACUACAUGAGUAUAAAAAACACCCAUGCUAAUAAAUAUGUUUGCAUCAUGCAGAAUUUAUUUGCUGAGCAUGGAUAAUACCGAAAAGAAA